AUGUCUGCUGAAAACAAGGCCAUUGCCGCAUUAAUUAUCGACUUUUUAACCGCUGUAACUGGCAAGAAACAAGUAAGCGAAGAUAGCAUCGACUCUUUAAACGUUGCAAUUGAUUGUAUUUCCGAGUCUUUUGAAAUAGAGAGGGAUGAUGUCAGUUCUAUUAUUAAAAACAAGUUCGAUGGCCGUUCAUUAGCUGAGCUAAUCGGACAAAAACCUGCCGUUAUCCCUGUUGCCCCCGCCUCUGCUGCCCCUGUUGUUGAUGGAACUGUUGACAUUAACAUUGAUGAGGAAGAAGAAUUGGAAACCAAAGCCAAAGCUGAAACUCUGAAAUUAGAAGGUAACAAGGCUAUGGCUGCUAGAGAUUUUAAAUUAGCCGUCCAAAAGUAUACUGAAGCUAUUGAUACAUUAGCCACUAAUCCAAUCUAUUAUGCAAAUAGAGCUGCCGCUUAUUCUUCUUUGAAAGAAUACGAUAACGCUGUAAAUGAUGCUAAGACUGCUAUACAGCUUGACCCAAGCUACUCUAAGGGUUACUCCAGAUUAGGGUUUGCUCAGUAUGCUUUAAAUAAACCGGAAGAAGCUGUGGAGGCCUACAAAAAAGUUCUAGAUUUGGAGGGUGACAAAGCCACAGAUGUUAUGAAGAGAGAUUACGAAACUGCCAAAAAGAAAGUUGAAAGUUCUUUGCAAGGUGACGUAGCUAUUUCCAAAGACAUUAAUGACACUCAAGAAUCUGCUGGUGCUUCUACCGCUGGCACAGGUGCUGGUGGUUUGCCAGAUAUGUCCAGUUUAUUAGGCGGCGGGUUGUCUGGGUUAUUGAAUAAUCCGCAAGUUAUGCAAGCUGCUGAGCAAAUGAUGAAGAACCCAGGUGCCUUGCAAGACAUGAUGAAUAAUCCAGCUAUUAAACAAAUGGCAGAAAAAUUCUCUUCAGGUGGCGGUAUGCCAAGCAUGGGUGACCUAAUGAAUGAUCCAGCAUUAAAAGAUAUGGCUGGUAAGAUGUUUGGUGGCGGAAAGAAGUAA